AUGACAACGCCUAUACCCAGCUUACAAAGGGAAGCUCUCCUCGACCGCUAUGCGGAUACAUGGCCAGAGGCGUUGUCGUCGCGGCGGAAGUUCAAGCUAUUGCUCAAUAAUGCGGCGGCGUGGGUGGCUGCAAAGUACGGAAUCGAUGAUCCAUGGAGAUUGCUCUAUGCGGAUAUGCCUACGCCAGAUGCAAAGCUCGUCGCGCGUCUAGAUGAUCUCCUAUGGGAUGGUCCCUCGGAUGGGCGCGAGCGGGAUUUGCAUGACUCUUUGAUGGCCAUUCGAGAGGCAAGUCCUCUCGCACAUAUCGGUUCAGAUUUUUUCAUCUUUUGA